GCCGAGGCUUGCGUCGGCGUUUCCUGCCACCGAGUCCGUCGUCCCCGGCCGGAGCGGCGCGCGCCCCCGCGAGUCAUGGCGACCAAGGCCGUGUGCGUGUUGAAGGGCGACGGCCCGGUCAAGGGCACCAUCCACUUCGAGCAGAAGGCGAACAUGGUGGAGGUGUCGGGAUCCAUUACAGGACUGACCGAGGGCGAGCACGGAUUCCACGUCCAUCAGUUUGGAGAUAACACGCAAGGCUGUACCAGUGCAGGUCCUCACUUUAAUCCUCAUUCCAAAAAGCACGGUGGGCCAAAGGAUUCAGAGAGGCAUGUUGGAGACCUGGGCAAUGUGACUGCUGGCAAAGACGGCAAGGCCACGGUGUUUAUCCAGGAUUCUAUGAUCUCUCUCUCAGGAGAGCAUUCCAUCAUUGGCCGCACGAUGGUGGUCCAUGAAAAACAAGAUGACUUGGGCAAAGGUGGCAACGAAGAAAGUACAAAGACAGGAAAUGCUGGAAGUCGUUUGGCUUGCGGUGUCAUUGGCAUCACCCAAUAAACAUUCCCUGGGAUGUGGUUUGUGUCCUAGUAACUCAUGUUAUCUUGGUAGUUGUAGAAAUUUAACUUGAACAUUAAACACUGUAAUCUCAAACAUGUGAUUUGUGUGACUUUUAAUUGCUCUAAG